UGUAAGUUGAACUUUACACUCUACAGGCCUAGCCUACCGGCAAUGAACACUAUGGCGAGCUCCAUGAUCAACAAUGUGUUCGGCAGGGGUGCCUCGGGAUAUUUUGCAACAUUUGGACUUAUUGCAGCCUCUUACUUAACACUUAAGAUUGCUCUCAAUGUAAUCAAAGUGUUGAAAUCGUUCGUGUUCGCUGGAUCUACAAAUUUCAAGAAACUUGGAUCCUGGGCAGUUGUUACUGGAUCAACAGAUGGUAUUGGAAAAGCUUAUGCAAAAGAAUUAGCUAAAAAGGGAGUCAAUAUUGUGUUGAUCAGUCGCUCUGAAGCAAAGCUUCAAGAAGUUUCAAAUGAAAUAGAGAAAGAAAGCAAUGUUCAAACACGGAUCAUUGUGGCAGACUUCAGUAAGGGGCUGGAGAUGUACGAUUCUAUUAGGAACCAGUUAGCGGGCCUGGAAAUUGGAACUCUAGUAAACAAUGUAGGGAUGUCAUAUUCAUUUCCAAACUACCUUUUGGACAUACCUGACAGAGAAGAGUUUUUCAUGAGAAUGAUCAACAUAAAUGUAACAUCCGUUACCAUGAUGACCAGUAUUGUGAUGCCGGGUAUGGUAGAGAGGCGACGAGGAGCCGUCAUCAACCUGUCUUCAGCCGCGGGCCUCUCUCCCUCCCCUCUUCUCACUGUGUACUCUGCCUGUAAGGCAUACGUGACAUUUUUCUCCCAGUGUAUACAGACUGAAUAUGGACCCAAGGGAAUAAACUGUCAGUGUGUGAUGCCAUUCUUUGUUGCCACGAAAAUGUCCAAAAUCAGGAAGCCUUCUGUGUAUGCACCUAGUCCCUCUACCUAUGUGAAAGCUACGCUGAACUCUGUGGGUGUGUCCAGUGUCACCCACGGAUACUGGGCACAUAGACUACAGGGUACAAUCACUAGUUUGUUACCAGAGGUGUUGGUGAAGACAGUGACCUUGAGAAUUUUUAAAAAUGCCAGGAAAUCAUAUUUGAGAAAACUGGCAAGCAAGAAAGAAUAAUGUUGAUUUUAAUUGAAAGUUACUUGUAUGCUAAUUAUUAUAGGGUCUUUUCAUUUCAAUUACAUUUCUUAAUAUCUCCAUACACACAUGGAAUCCUUUCUCAUUUAGGAAAUACAUGUAUCAUAUGCUACUAUUCCCAGGGGCAAGUCCUGGUGGUCACGAUUGAGGUACCCCAAGGGGCUGCAGUUAAAUUAGAUUCAGAAUUACUUGUUUGAAGAACUGAAUUGAGUUCAGAAAUGUUUAUAUGCAGGAUUUAUAUUAGGACAAUAUGGAGUUUAACACAAUGUGCUUCAUUCCAGUCAUCGUUGCAUCCUAUAUAAUGUAAUUUAUAUCUGCUGUCUUAAGAAAUGUCAUCUGUUGUACUUUAUAUUAACAAAUCCACCAGAAGAUUUACUUAGGGUGCAUGUUAUGUUAUGAUAUAUAUAUAUUUAAAACCACUACAUGUAUGUACAAACCUGUUUUCUUUUUGCAUUGUACACACUACCUUGUGUAGUUCUGAACCAGAGUGCUGAAAUUUACAUCAGCUAAAACUGAGACUGUUGCACCUCUCAAAGAGAUGAAGCUGCAAAAUGUGCACAGAUCCAAUGUUCCAUGUAUUUACAGAUUAAUUUUAGAUAUUCUAUUAAUAUUGUUUACUGAAGACCUCGGACAUCAGUUGAAGCACUAUUCAAAUUUUGUGGUCACACCUUGUCCAGUAAUAGCUGUAUAACAUUGCACUUAUUUUUGUUAUGUGAUGAUGAAUUUCAAAAAACAAUUUUAAUAAAUGCAGAGUAAAAUUCCUCUCAAAA